CCCCCCUCCCCUGGUCGCUCGCCCUCCCUCAUUCUCUCUCUCUCUUUCCCCGUCUCCCUCUCCUCUUCAUUCUCUCUCUCUCUCAUUGUAUAUCUCUCUCUCCCUCCUUCUCUCUCUAACUCUCACUCCAUCAGGUCCUCCUCCCAUCACUCUUCCCCUGGCAGAGCGCAGGGAGCAGACUCUCUUCUUUGCAGCAAGAGGAGGAGGAGGAGGAGGAGGAAAAGACUGGAUGAAGGAGGGAGAAAGUCAAGGAAAAGCCACGACAAAGACAGGAGGAGGAGGAGAAGGAGGAGGAGGAAGAGAGGGAGGAGGAAGAAAGCAUAAAAGUGGAGGAGUGAAGUUCUGCAGAUGUGUUCACGGGAGCGUGUGUGAGGUUGAGAGUUGGACGGAGUCAAGGAGACAGGAUACAAGAAAGGGGAGGAAGAGCGGGUCACAGAGGAGAGGAGGAUAAGAAGAGGAGGAGGAGGAGGAAGGGGUAGUUGCUUGGAGGGUGGGAAGGUGGGGGACACCUUUUUAUUGUAAACAUUUCUUUGGUGGAAGCGUUUUGGGAGGCUGUGCAACACCGGUUGCCUCCUCGCAGAAUCCACUCCUGUCCUCUCCUGUCUCUCUCUCUCUCUCUCUCCAUCCCCCUCUCUCUCCCCUCAUCUCCCGCCAAGCUCCCGCCGUGGGGUCUCAGCUCUCCGUCUCCCUCCCCCCCUCCCUCGCUCCCUACCUCCCCCGCACCCUGCUGGGCGCCUCGGAGCUGCUGCGCGCCGGGAGGAUGUCUCGGAGUCGUCGCAGGGACUCGCCGCCACCGUCGCCGCCUCCUCCACCGCUGCUGGGAGUGCGCAGAGUGGGCGAGAUGGAGCACGAGGAGGACGACCGGCCGGAGCGCGCGGAGCCGCUGACCGACGCGGAGCGGGAGAUCAUCCAGGACACGUGGGGGCGCGUGUACGAGAACUGCGAGGACGUGGGCGUGUCUGUGCUCAUAAGGUUCUUCGUGAACUUCCCGUCGGCCAAGCAGUACUUCAGCCAGUUCCAGGACAUGGAGGACCCGGAGGAGAUGGAGAGGAGCUCCCAGCUGAGGCACCACGCCCGCCGGGUGAUGAACGCCAUCAACACCGUGGUGGAGAACCUCCACGACCCGGAGAAGGUGUCUGCUGUGCUGGGUCUGGUAGGCAAGGCCCAUGCCCUCAAACACAAGGUGGAGCCCAUGUACUUCAAGAUCCUCAGUGGGGUGAUGUUGGAGGUUCUGUCAGAGGACUUCCCUGAGUAUUUCCCCGUCGAGGUGCAGGAGGUCUGGAGCAAGCUGAUGGGGGCGCUGUACUGGCACGUGACGGGCGCCUACACUGAGGUGGGCUGGGUCCAGGUGUCCAGCUCCGCAGUCUGAGUGGGAGGGGGGGGGGGGGGGGGGGGGCAGUGUGUGGUGUCUUGGGGGGGAAAUGAUGAGUAUAGGUGGAAAGAAGAUAUGUUAUGUUAUGUUAUGGAAGGAUGCCUUGACGUACGAGAUUGGAGGUGCAUGGGAGGGGGGGGGUUGGUAGAGGCUGGGUCUAAAGUGUAACAGGUAUCGAUUUUUCCAAUGUUAUCUAUGAAAAACAAAGUGUGUUUCUGUGCGUGUGAGUGUGUAUGUGGGGCAUUGUCAUUUGAAGGAGCGCUAGAAUGGGAUGGGAUCAGUAUGUCAUUUGUUUUUAAUGGCCAGGUAAUGUGACCAUGCAGCUGCAGACUGUUAAUAGAGUCUCUUCAUGUUUUACUAGAGUAACCCUGCUAGUGUAAACCUACUAGUGUACCUAUAUUAAGGGACACCCCGCUCAACCCGCCACGCUCCCUAUCUCUCCAUCGAUGGGCAGUGUGUGCUUAACAUCUUGUUUACCUCUACCGAGGUGUUGUAUUCAUAGAAGUGUAUAUUGGGCAAGUGUUCCUAACUCCUCUGGCCUUUGUUAGGCAUUUGUUGUCUGCGAGAGGGCUGCUUUGCUUUGUCUUAAGCCUCUCCACAAAAAAUGCAUUCGAUUCCGUUCAUACUGCCCUUGCUGUCUUUCCACGGACACUUGAAUUGACCAUACAAUGUGUGUGUGAGAGUGAGUGUGUAGGUGUCUGCGCACAAACUUUUGUGUGUGUGUGUGUGUGUCAAUGUGUGUGAUCACGCGCUUCUGUGAGUGUGUGUGUCCGUGUGGUUGAAUAUGUCAGAGUAGGGAAUGCAAAGAGCCACCACACCACAUGCACACACACAGACAGACACACUUACACUUAAACUGUUGCAUCGGACCUUCACUAUACUAAUAUUUAUCGGACUGUCGGUUGGUUUACCUCUUUAAAUCUCCAUCACAGAGACGCGAUGAAUGAAAAGCUUUUUACAGUUUCUCUUCUAAUAUGAAGUCACAGCAACAUCUAACAAAAUCAAAGAUCCAUAACAUGUUUCAAUAUUACCUUUCUGUAGUUGUCUCUAAUUGUUAAUGAACUGAUCAUCAUUUUUUUUCGUGCAUAUCAGCCCAUGAUACCAAACUUUACUUUGUGCAUCAACUAAUCUUAUUUUAAAUUACUCACUGGGCUAAACUUACCUUAUCUUCUUGUGUGUAAAACUAGCUGGAGCAAAAACACAAGUUAAGUGAUGUAAUUGGAGACUAAUUAAAGCCUACACUAUAGAGUUAGGAUCUAUUUACAGAACACGAUUGCCAACAGCAUGGAUACGUCUGCACAUUAUUUCCUGGAGGCUCCACAACUAAUGGCACACAUUCAUUAUCCACAAAUUAAUCUGGUACACUAAAUACUUUGAAUAGCAUAAAAGUUCACCACAAGGCUAAAAAUAAUCUUUAAAUAUGCUGCAUUUUACAUACUAUGUAAAACUAUUAUGUAGAAUGUAUAAGGCAGAUAACAUGAAAUAUAUGUUACUUUACUUUCAUUUUAAACUAAACAAAGAUCCCAUCAAAGGGCAGCAGCAUCAGUAAUAUCUGUUAGCCAGGGUGCUUAGUGCUCAACUGCUCUUCCUGGUCAAUCCCCAAAGAGCCACAGGAAAUGUGUUUAGGAUGGACAUUAGAUCGAAUCGCCCGGUCGCUGCAGCCAAAGUGACGUCCACGUGUCUCUCGUGUACCACCUGGUACCCCCCUCGCCAGCCCCAAGCACACAAACACACCACCAACACGGCCCUUUACCAUCCCUACCCCCACACCCCUCCACUAUCGACCCCACUGCCACCAACACCACCUCCUCCUCCUCCCCUCCAUCCACCACCACACCAUCACCCCCACACCCCUCCACUAUCGACCCCACUGCCACCAACACCACCUCCUCCUCCCCUCCAUCCACCACCACAGCUUUCAGCACCAACAACACCACAAACCCUCCACCACCACCACCACCACCACACCAUCACCGCUACACCAUUACCAUCACAACCCUCCUUCACCACCAUAUCCCCCCCAACAUCCACUUCAACCACCAGCACCAACC